CAGGUAGCGGCGCAAGAUGGCUGGAGACAAGUCCAAGAAGCGCGCGGAGAAGAACACCGCGCGCCUGAGGCUUCUGUUUCGCGUCGUCGCGGGUUCCGUCCUCUUUCAUGUCCUCCUCAGGCUCGUGUGGAAGGGUUCGACCGCGUCCGCGUGGAUCCACUACCCCCUGUUCGCCACCGCCGCGACCAGCGCCUGGUUCUGCUACUCGAGCCUGAAUCACCACGGCGCGCCGACGUACGACGCGGCGGGUGUCCUCAUCGAUGGAGGCUCGGACCUCAGCCUCGGAGGCAUGACGUCCUACUACCACGACAUCAUCUACGUCUCCGCGUUCGUGCUGAUCACCACCGCCGCGUUCAGCGACUGGUUCUGGCUCGUCGGGCUCGUCGUCCCGGGGUUCGCCACGUACAAGCUGUGGGCAGAUAUCAUCCUGCCGUGGAUCUUCACCCCGACCCAGGACGAGCUGGAUGCGAAUGCGAGGAUGAAGGAGACCAAGGAGGAGAGGCGCAAGCGCGAAAAGGCGGAGGCGCGGGCCGCGAACCGCCGAAGGGGAUUCAGAUGAGAGUUUUAUUCCUAAUUUUCCGUUUCAGUC